AUGGCUACAGACAACUUUGUGCAGUCGACAAUUCCACAGUUUGAUGGACACCUCAAAGGAAAUUUGGAACUCCAUGAAAAAGAAGAUCAAGGAAAUGUGAGGGCGAAGCGAGCACAACUUCAAGCUCUCCAUGUUGAAUUUGAGACUUUACGCAUGAAGUCUGGUGAGACAGUUUCAGAUUACUUCUCAAGAACAAUGGCGAUUACAAACAAGAUGCGGAUUUAUCAGGACAAGCUUGAGGACGUUGCAAUUGUUGAGAAGAUUCUUCGAUCCAUGCUACCGAAAUUCAAUUUUAUUAUUUGCUCCAUUGAAGAAUCGAAGGAUCUUGAUACUCUCUCCAUUGAUGAGUUGCAGAAUUCUUUAGUGGUUCAUGAGCAAAAAUUGAUACAACAAGACAACGAGGAGCAGGCCUUAAAGCAACUUCCAACACGCAAAAUGUUCGAGUUGACAAAGGCAAGUGGAAGGGUAGAAAUUUCAAUGAAAAAGUAUGGGUAUUACCAUUCUGAAUGUUACACGAAUUUAAAUAAAAUACGUGUUGAAAAGUCUGAUUUUGUAGAAGCAAUUGAAAAGGAGGAGGAGAUAUAUUUGUUAAUGGUUUGUCUUGCGAAAGAAGAAACCAACAAAGAUUUGUGGUAUUUAGACACUGGUUGCAGCAAUCAUAUGAGUGAAGACAAGUCAGCCUUCUCCACUCUUGAUGAAUCUUAUCGUGAUACGGUGAAAUUUGGUGAUUGCUCUUAG